GUUUGCAAAACCAAAUGGAUGAGGCAGUUAAGACGUUUAAUAUGAUGGUUGAGAAGGGUUGUUCACCCGAUGUGUUUAGCUAUAACAUAUUGAUCAAUGGAUAUUGCAAAAGUAAAAAAAUUGAUGAGGCAAAGUGUCUAUUUCAUGAAAUGUCCAACAAGGGAAUGAUUCCUAAUGUAGUGACUUACAACACUCUUAUAGGUGGGUUAUGUCGAGUGGAGAGAGUUCGGACUGCACUAGAGCUAUUCAAUACAAUGCAAGCUUGUGGCCAACAUCCAGAUCCCCAAACCUAUGCCAUCUUGUUAGAUGGCUUUUUUAAGAAUAAACGAAUUGCUGAGGUGAUGGCAUUGUUUAAGGAGAUGGAAGACAAAAGGUUGUACUGUAAUAUUGUGAUUUAUAGCAUCUUGAUUGAUGGUUUUUGCAAUGUUGGGGAACUUACGAUUGCAAGGGAAAUCUUUAGUGGUCUUCCUGCAAAAGGAUUGAAACCUAAUGUUUGGACUUAUAUUAUAAUGAUCAAAGGAUUUUGCAAUAAUGGACUAGUUGAUGAAGCAAGUGAGCUGCUUGAGAAAAUGGAUGUCAAUGGUUGUUCACCUAACGAGCACACAUAUAACACAAUAAUCCAUGGGUUUUUGCAGCAUAGAGAGACAUUAAAGGCAAUGAAAUAUCUCAAAAUGAUGGUUGACAAGGGAUUUUCCGCAAACGCAACUACUGCUGCCUUGUUUAUUGACUUGCUGUCGUCUAAUCAAGUAGAUGAAAAUAUUCAAAAGCUGCUUCCAAAGUUUGGGUGAAGGUUAUUUAGGUUCUCAAGAUCAAGGACAACAUUCAUAUUUAACCAAUCACAAGUUAUUAUGUGAGUGAUGUAUAUUUGCUUCAGUAAAAUUCAAUACUUUUUAUGAGAUGGUAUUUCUUUCCAAUUCUGUGCAUUAGAUUGUUUGUUCCUUUUACUGUCCGAUCUUUUGCUGUGAUUUUGUUGCAUUAAACCCUUUCUCAUGGAUAGGUGUUUCAAAUUUUUGCUAAUGUAAUGUUAAUGCAAAAUAUCAUACCUCUUGUAUAAGUAUGCACUCCCUAAACCAGCCCCAAAAUUCUUAAACCAUUAGUGAUUAGGUCUGCACCAAAUUAGUUCUGGAAUCAGUUUCAGUUUUACAAAAGCAGUCUGGUUGUAAUUUGCUUAUCAAAUUUGGUUUUAAAGCAGGUUAUGGGUGCUUGUAAGUUAAACUAUUGUUUUAAAACCACAAUAGAUUGAGUUGUCAGACUUCUGAAAUAUCAAUAGUUUAAGUUACUGUCUCUUUCACUUUCAUACCUCUUAGUGAUCUUUUGCCAAAAGGCAGGAUCUAUUUUGUGUCCAACCUUCAAAUUCUGAUGUCCUGUUUGCGCUUUCUAUGAUUUGAGUGUUAUUAGAGUUUCUUGAACCUUUAUUCAUUUGAGGGUAUGUAGGAUAGCUUUUCUAAAGUAAGAGUGCCAUUAUUAGUAAAUUUUGUUAUUUAUUUAUUUAUUUUUUCAUGAUGAGGAACCUCACCAAGGCAAGGCCCUUUGGACCCACCCCUAGCGACAAAUUUAGUUAUUUUUUAUAUAACGUAGGGACAACAGUGAAACAAAUAGUAUAAUUAGUAUGGCUCUUUUGGUUGCUUCAUGCCUCCCUUCCUCCCCCAUUAGAUAAAACUAUAUUGGAGUAAACUUAUUGUUUUACAUUGUACUGUAUGUAAUCAUAUCAACAUAUUGACUAAUGAUUAAGGACUAGGUAUUUUCAUUGCAAGUUAUUCUUUUACCUUGGUGAUAUUUAUUUUCUUGUAUUGGCACUAGGUUGUUUGUUGCUGUUCUAGUUUUGUUAUCUUUCCUUGGAACUAUGUUGAGCACUAAUGUUGUAAAUUUGAACUUAUUUUUGUGAAAAUUAUCUUGAACUUCAGUUGAUGCAACAUUGUGAACAUGCAAUUAGUUUUAUGUAUUUGUGAAAUAACAAAAUAAUUUGUUUGCAAUUGGUUAUUCUCAUGGGGUAAUUUCGGUGCUCGUGAUAAGUCAAAUGAAUAUCAGCGAAAGACCAUUGAUACUAGUAGAUUUUCCUUACUUAGUAGUUAAUAUUAGAGAUCAUCCUCUUUCUACUACCACUAAUAUUCUGACCUUUGAUGGAUUUGGUAUACCUGCAAUCCCCCUGUUACUAUUACUUGCCUCAUAUGUAGAGCUUUUUUCUCUCACUAAAUUUGUCAUUAUAGUUUAUACACAUUUUAGAAUAAAACAUAGGUAGGACAUACAUUCAUCCAAAAUUGCCAGAUCAAAUCUAUUGAUACAAUAUUAUGAAAAUGUACAAUGGAGAGUUGUAUCUUACUUUGAAACUGGAAUAGAGUUUAUGGGUUGGUAAAGAGGGAAAAGGUUAGAAGAUUGAAAUAAAAUGUGAA